AUGGAAUAUUUAAAAUUCAACGCUACACCAUCAGGUAAGGCAGAAGGGAAAAAGCAUAUUAUCAUUGUAGGAGCAGGGAUUAUUGGAGUUUGUACCGCCUAUUUCAUUAUAACUCAUCCUAAAUUUGAUAGUGAAAAGUAUCAUAUCACAUUAAUUGAAAGUAAAAGAAUUGCUGGAGGUGCUUCAGGUAAAGCAGGAGGACUUUUAGCAUUAUGGGCAUUCCCAUCACAAAUUGUCCCAUUAUCUUUCAAUUUACAUCAAGAAUUAGCUGAUAAGUAUGAUGGAGCUAAAGAAUGGGGUUAUAGAAGAUUAACUACUGUAUCGUUGGAAGGAGAUAUAAGUGGAGUUAAUGAAGAAGAUUUAUUAAGUGAAGAUGAACAAAUUAGUUUGGAUACCAAAUUAGAGAAUAGUUCAAGUGUAACAUCAUCAACUAUUUCAACUUCAAAUUCCCAAAAUUCAAAGAAUUCUCUGGAUUCAUCAUCUUCUGAACCACAAAAGAAAUUUAGUAGAAGGAGUGAAAAUAAAAGAGAAAUGAGUAAUAAAGCUAAUAAUGCCAAAAAGAUUUUACCUAAUGAUUUAAAUUGGAUUAAUUCAGCAUUAAUCAAUAAUUGUUCAACUUUGGGUUCAACAGAUACUACAGGUCAAGUACAUCCUUAUAAAUUCACUAAUUUCAUAUUGAAAAAAGCAGUUGAAUUAAGUAAUGGUUCAUUAGAAUUAGUUUUAGGUAAAGUUGAAGAAAUGAUUUAUUCUGAAGAAUCAGAAAGUGUAAUUGGGGUUAAAUUUAAACCAACAUCUCAAAAUUUAAAGAAUUCAAAUUCAAUCAUUAACUUAUUAGGUGAUCAAAUUGUUAUGACUGUUGGUCCUUGGACUUCUAAAAUAUUACCUGAUUGUCCAAUUUCAGGUUUAAGAGCUCAUUCUAUAACAAUUGCUCCAUUUAAAGAUCAACCAGUUAGUCCUUAUGCUAUAUUCACUGAAUUUAAAACCAAUUCUAAUAAUUAUAUUUCACCUGAAAUUUAUGCCAGAUCAGAUGAGGUUUAUGUUUGUGGUGAAGGAGAUUCUACUGUGGAUGUUCCUGAAACUACGGACGAUGUCGAGGUGGUCACAACUAAAUGUGAUGAAUUAUUCAAUCAAGUUUCAAAAUUUUCUCCAAAUUUAAGGAAAGGUCAUAUUUUAAAAAAACAAGCAUGUUAUUUACCUGUUUUAGAUGUUCCAACAUCUUCAGGUCCUUUAAUUGGUGAAACAAAUGUCGAUAAUUUAUUCUUAUGCUCAGGUCAUUCUUGUUGGGGUAUAAAUAAUGCUCCUGGUUCAGGUAAAAUUAUGAGUGAAUUAUUAUUAGACGGUAAAUGUAAAUCUGCUAAAAUUCAAGCUUUCAAUCCAAGUUUGUAUUUUGAUGCAAGUAUAAUGGUCGGUGAUGAUGAUGAAUAG